GCUGGUUUCCGUGGUGACAGGCGGUGGCAAUGCUGCUUGAGGAGCUGCAAUUGCGGCUGGAGCCCGGCGUGGCUGAAGUGUCGGCCGGUUUCUGGGCUGCGCUCGACGUGUGGACGCUGAAGCCGCAGGUGGCGAACCGGCGGCUGAGUGGCUGCCGGCUGGAGGCCGAGAGGGAGGCGCGCUGCUCUGCCGCGGGGCUGAGGCCGCUCUUGGCCGAGCUGCUGCCGGGCUUGAGUUGUGGGUCAGGCCGGGAGUUGAAUGAGAUUCUCCCCGCCGUGAUUGCAGAGCCGGCCGGCGGGCAGCUCAAGGUGAUCUUACGGACUGUGAUUCCCAAAACACAGGCGGAGAGUUGCAGAGAAAUAGUUUUCCAAGAUUUUGAAAACAGCACAGCAACAUUUAUCCCAGUAGAGGGGAAUAUUUCAAGAAGUUGCAAGUUCAAGAAGAGCAAUAUUUACACUUUUAAACUUCGACAAGUUGAAGAAAAUGAGUUAUGGACAAGUCGCAAGAUAAAGCAACAGAAAAGGGAACAACAUUUUAUACUGCAUAAGAGGAGAGUGCUGAUUGGUUGGUUUAUUUCUAUUUCCAUAAUGUGCCCUGAAGAAUGGGUUGCAGAUGGGAUUUUGUAUCCCAAAACAGCAUGGCUUUCAAAUGUAUUGCUUCCAAAGAUUGUGAAAUGGUCUACAGAGAACAAAAAGAGUAAUUUUAAGGACACGCUUUCCCUCAUUUCUGUGGAAAAAUAUAGUAAAUGUUACCACCGUCUAAAAGCAAAAUACAAAGAAAUGGUCAAGAUUUGGCCUGAAGUUACAAAUCCCGAAAAAUUUGUAUAUGAAGAUGUCGCCAUUGCAACAUACUUACUGGUUCUUUGGGAAGAUGAGCGUGCAGAAAAAGGCCUGACUGCCAAACAGUCCUUUAUAGAUUUGGGAUGUGGUAAUGGAUUACUGGUUCAUAUCCUGACUAAUGAAGGGCAUCCUGGUAGAGGCAUAGAUGUGAGGAAGAGGAGGAUUUGGGAUAUGUAUGGUCCACAGACAUGUCUCAAGGAAUGUGCCAUUACACCAAGUGAUGACUUCCUUUUUCCGGAUGUGGACUGGAUAAUUGGCAACCAUUCAGAUGAGCUAACACCAUGGAUUCCUGUUGUUGCAGCAAGGUCAUCCUAUUCAUGCCGCUACUUUGUCCUGCCUUGUUGUUUCUUUGAUUUUUAUGGAAAGUACUGUCGAAGACAGACCAAAAGCACACAAUACAGAGCAUACCUGGAUUUCAUUACAGAAGUGGGUUCGAUUUGUGGUUUUAAAGUUGAGGAAGACUGCCUUCGAAUUCCAUCUACAAAACGGGUUUGCUUGAUUGGUAGUCAAAGGACAUAUUCUCCCUCUGGCGAAGAAAAGUUGGAUGAAGAACGAAUGCAAUAUAUUAGGGAGAGAUAUUCUUGUACAUUAUUUACAGGAAACAAUAAUUGUAGUGAGGUGAAAGACUCUGCUUCACUUUUUAGUCAUGACAUUACGGAUUGUUCAAAUAUUGAUGAUGACAUGGUUCGAGAUACUUCUGUUGAAACUAAUUUUUUUGUGCCCAGCAAGUGGGUGGCUGGAUUCCAACCUAGAGAGAAAGUGGAGAAAGUUAGAAACUGUGCUACUUUGCCUCGGGACUUUGUUGAUGAUAUAGUGUUGCAGGUAGCUAAAACACUUUUGAAAACAAAUCAGGACAACUGUGAAAAUAGCGCUAAUAAAGACAGUUCAGGAUACUGGAACAAAGGAGGAACCCUGCCUCUGAAAAAUGUGGCAGAUCUUCUGGACUGCGAUAUUUUACAAAAAUUAAAAAAGGAAUGUGGAGGUUUGAAGACCCUGUUAAGAAACAAUUAUCAAGUAUUUGAAGUUGUCCAUGGAAAGGUUCAGAUCCGUGACUGGUCAAAAGAAAAGCAACCAAAAAUACUGCCAUCAGAUACAAAAAGCAAAUUACCUUCUGAAGCACAUAAGACACGUCUCUGCUGGUUCUUUGUUAAUCAUCCUGAUGGAUGUCCUCGAACUGCGGAAAAGUGCCCAUUUGCACAUGGAACAGAAGAAUUGCGAGCUCGUGCAAAUAGCAGAAAAAUAAAGUAGUGCCUUACAUCACAGAACCCAAUGGAGGAAUGCAGGCUUAAGCUUAAGGAGUCCUCAGAGGAGAACCAGCAAUCUGAAGAUGCACAUCAAAGAACUCCUAUGCACCCUCCACCAGCACACGUACAUACACCUUGGGUGGUCCAAUAUCAAAGAUAGAUAGGACAUGAGAACAUAAGAAAUAGAAGCAAGAGUAGACCAUACAACCCCUCGAGCCUGCCCUGCCAUUCAGUACAAUCAUGGCUGAUCUUCUCCCUCAACACCACUUUCCCACCCAGUCCCCAUUGAAGGAGAUGAAGCAGUUAACCUCGGUGCACAGAAGGAAUGAAUUAACUGAAACUCUGACUCAUGGUCGGUUUGGAGAACAUUAACAACUGGACAAUGCCAUAUAUUUAAUGAAAUUAUGAACCAUGAUCAGUUACUGGCAAGAAUAGAAGAUGCAUUAACACCUGAACGAUGCUAUGAACUAAGUGCCCAUCACCAUGAGGGAAAUCACUUUAUCUUCUAUUGUGUAAACAGCAGGGGAGGAGAUAAGGAAUUGUCUUUGACCUUGCAGUUCUGCAUAGCUCAGGAGAUUGAAAGAUCAGGAUAAAGAUGUAUGGAAGACCAGGUGAUCCAGCAGGCUGUUAACUGAAUCUAUACCUGAGGCCCAGGUGUGUGAUAGUGUGACUGGGACACUAAAAAAAGACAACAUCAAAGCAAAGAGACUGCAGUCAGGUGGAGAAGGACAGGAACCGGUCAUCUCCAGAUCCAGGCCUACAAUCAACACCACGAACAACCAGCUGUGUGGGUGAUUGUAACUUUCAGUCAAAUCAUAAAGGGGCUUGUACUGGGGUAUUGUUGGUUUAAUAAACUAACGAGUUUAAGGUUGAGCCAAAA